UGAUUGACGCAGAUCGCAGCGCUUUCGAAUAUGACGGUUACAUUGUUUUUUUCAUAUUGUGUUGUGGCGUAUAAUGACAAUUUUCAUACAAGAGAUUUUUUGUUGACGUUAUAAAUAACACGAAAAGAAAAACUGGGUGAUGACGAAGCACAAAACGGCGAUAUCCUACGAUCGUCGAUUUAUGAUAUGAAGCGAGUGAUGUCUGACACAGUGACGCGCGCUGGUUGUUCUUUAUCUGAAAUGUAUCACUCUUAUCGCGGUAGGCGCAAGUACCGAUAUCCAAUGUGUGGAUAAAGAUAAACGCCUCUGUGCCAAUUAAAUGCAUACUAACGAUCGCACACCGCUUAUAUACGCUACAAUACGCUAUAUAUUUCGUAAUCCGGUGCCGCGGCACUAACGUCUAUCUCCUAACUCCAGUGAGACUUUCUCAAAACUUUUGAUGUUUGACAGCUCCAGCCACGAAUGCGUGGACGCUAACACCGCAUAACUUAUUAUGCACUUCGAGACCGAGACGGUUCAAAAGCAUUUGGUAUCAAGCAUGAACAAAUCUGUGGAGAAUUUGUUGAUAUCUAGUCACGAGGUAAUCAGUAGCAUUAACUCUUCUGGUUUGAGUAAUCAAAAUUCGGCGACAAAUCCAGGAAACGCUGCAUCUGUGGAAAAUGUUCAAGAGACAACUGUAGGUUCUGGUGGUGAUCGUAAUAGUCCUGUAUCCAGUCCUAAUUUAUCUCCACGUCCCAGUCCAAGGGCUCAUUCCAGGCGAGAAUAUUCCAGAUUAAAUUCCGAUUCUUCCACUAAAGAAUCCUCUCGUGCGAAUAAAUCCGACGAUCAGCUGUCUCAGGAUCUGAUCAAUAGAUCAUCUGACUCGGCUGAACUCAAAAGUUCUCACGAAAAUAAAAAAGAGUCGCGUGGCAGUGAUCGGAGCAAGAAAAAAUCUUCCUGGUAUAAUGUACUUUAUCCGACUUAUAAAUCACGUUCCGAGGACUUUAAACGAAUAUUCAAAGAUGUGCCUGAUGACGAGAGAUUGGUGGUAGAUUAUUCUUGUGCUCUUCAGCGUGAGAUAUUGGUACAUGGUAGACUUUAUGUAUCUCAAAACUAUGUGUGUUUUUAUGCUAAUAUAUUUAUGUGGGAGACAUUGGUCUCCCUACGUUGGAAAGAUGUUACAUCUAUUACCAAAGAGAAAACUGCGCUUGUCAUUCCAAAUGCUAUCCUGAUUUGUACAGUUACUGACAAGUUCUUUCUAACAUCGUUUGGAGCGAGAGAUAAAACAUAUGUAAUGUUAUUUCGUGUUUGGCAAAAUGCUCUUAUUGGCGAGUCAAUGAGUAUGGCGGAAAUGUGGCAGCUUGUACAUGCUUGCUAUGGGGAUGAAUUAGGUUUGACCUCUGAUGACGAAGAUUAUGUACCACCAUUACCUGCAGCAGACGAAGAAAAAUUGUCAACUCGUCUUUCUGUAGAUUCUUUUUCUGAGGCUGAGGCAGCUACUAUGGAAGGUUCAACAUCUCCACCUGUGGAUGCUGUUUCUGUGGAACAGCCUGCUGCUGAACCUCAACAGCAAAUUCAGCAACCAGAUCCGCCAAUACCAAUACCUAAACCAGAACCUGUUCUUGAUCCAACAGAUUUGAGUGAUACAACAGAAAGUGAGGCUGAGAAACAUGGUUUGAAAAUGAAUAUACGGAGCACCAUGGUCUGCAGUUCCCUGCACGAAGGUCGACAACUUAACAAAGCGUCAUUACCUAUCCACAUCGAUCAACUGUUUACCUUGCUUUUCACAAAUUCGAAAUUUUUCUUAGAUUUUCAUACUGCUCGCAAAACCACUGAUUUAAUACAGUCUGCAUGGACACAAAAUCAAACUGGUCAAAAAAUGAGAACUCUUUCAUUUACGGUAUCUUUGACCCAGGCUAUUGGUCCAAGAACUUGUCAAGUUACGGAAACACAGGUGAUGUUACCAUGCAGUAGACCAGGUCAUCUUUAUUGUAUAGAUGUAGAAAGUAUUAAUGCUGGUAUACCUUAUGCCGAUUCCUUUAGCAUUUUGACGCAUUAUUGUAUGAAUAAUAUUUCGGAAAAUGAGACAAGUCUUGCGAUUUUUUCCCAAAUUAAGUAUAAAAAAAGUGUAUGGGGUAUUAUGAAAAGUGUGAUUGAAAAGAAUUGUUGGGCAGGCCUAGAUGAAUAUUUCAAUAGUUUAGUAAAAGCAUUGACAGUGGAAUGCGAAGAAGGCAGUGUAAGCGGAGGUUUAAAGAGAAAGACGAGAAAACGACGGCGUGCGACAGGUGUAGGGGCUACAUUGCAGACACAUGCUUCCGAACACAUAUCUGUGAAUCAUCAAAUUUCUCCCUCCAACUUGCCACACGCUCAUACUGCUAAUACUAGAAGCGACACCAACAUGAUUCUCAGCUCAAUGCUAUUAGUUGCUGUAUUGUGUUUAAUGGUGAUCAAUGGCUUAUUGUAUUAUAAAUUAUGGGGAUUGGAAGAAGCUGCUGCAUAUACUAUCAUGGAUUUACAUGUACUGAAGUAUGUGUUAUCGAUAAUUUUUUAUAAAAUACUGUUCUCUUACUGGUCUGUGUGUUUUUCUGAUUUCAGAAAUACACCAAAGACUGAAGAGGAUUGGAUUAACCUUUUGCAACAGCAAGAAAGUUUGCACAAUGUAGAAAUGAGAAAAUGGCAAAGAGUUUUACACACUGCUGCACAAUUACUUAGACAAACCGAAGAAUCUUUAACGGAAUUACAAAUGAGCAUUCAUCCCACUGCUACAGAAAAGGUAUUUUCAGUAUUAAAACCAAGCUUAAAUAGCAUAAAUACACAUACAGAACGACGAAAGAAGUCAGAAUUGUAAAUAUAUAUAUAUAUAUAUAUAUAUAUAUAUAUAUAUAUAUAUAUAUAUAUAUAUAUAUGUUACACAAAAUUAUAGAAACAAAAGUUUUGUGUGUAAAAUAUUAAGUUGCGCACCGAUAGCUACAUCUCUACAUACACAAAAAAACGUUUACCAGCAGUUUAAAUGUAUGUACUCUUCCUAUUAUUUUAAGAAUGUCAAUAGUUAUGCUAUAUGUACAGCUUCAUGGAUCAAUUAUAGUUAACUAUAUUAUGUUAAUAUUAAUAGUUAAAUAUUUAUAGUAUAGUAUAUUGAAUGUAAACUUACUUCAUAUAUUUAAACAUUGUGAAAUGUUAUAAAAAAUAAUAGAUGAUUUUUAGAAUAA